CAAGUCUUCGAUGACGUGUUACUAUUUUGAUUACUUUACUGUAAAACAACUUGGUGACCAAGAUCAGCCAACGAUGGCUGAAGAAAAUGAAAGUAGAAAAAGUGAUGAUUAUACUCUACGAGUUGAAGCUCAAGAAGCUUUGAAAGAAGUUUCUUUUGCUGUGUCCCAUGUUGAGCUUUCCAUUAAGUUGCCACAAGGAGUGGAAAAGGUGUACCUUAACAUCAGGACCCAGGAGAACGAUGUUUACUGUAUCGAGCUAUCAGUCCAGGGGUUUAGGAUUGUUGGGAGAGCAUAUGAUGUCAUUGAUGAAGCAGCCCAAGGAAGACACUAUGAGACCAUCUAUGCAUUGCUUGAUGAAGUAAGUCCUAAAUACAGAAACAGUUUUGGGGACACAUUAUUGAGGAAACUGGAACACCUUCAAAAGCAGACAGAGGACACCUCCUGACCUCUUUCUCUCCACCCACCAACCUGCCUGAGGGUAGUGGAAUGCUGAAUUUGUGCCUCAGAGACUGCAGCCACAGUUGAUGUUUAUAAAACAUCUUUAAGUGGAAAGCAUAUUGAAUGUUAAAUUGGUGCCUAGCUGCCAGGAUUCUUUAUAAGAAAAUGCUUUGUAGAAUCACUAGUGCUUCCUUUGUGGUUAGUGUUGUGACUAAGUUGUUGUGAGCAAAGUUUUUUUCCAGAUAAAGUUUAUUAGUCCAAACAAUUGAAUUCACUGGUCAGAAUUAUUACGGGAAUAGUUGGACAGAAUAAAGCAAGACCUCAUUAUAUAUCAAUAUUAAUAUCUUGUUAAGAUAUGUAUUUGUAUGUUAGAAUUUUACGGUGCAUUAAUUAUAUUUAAUGGAAGCUUCUUGGUAUGUUGGGAUGUUUGUAUUGUUUACCCUCAGUAGAAACGAAAAAGUGUUUUUUUUGUUUUUUUUGGUUUGUUUGUUUUUUUUUAAUCCUAAACAUGAUUUUGUAACUCACUUACUUACAUGUAGAAUUUUUACAGAAAGUGGUUUGUGCACAGCCACUGAUUUAGGGGAAAACUAUUGUUCCUUCAAAUUGAUGGAAUUCAUUGUUCAACUACAUGUAAUUUAUAGGAUGGAAUUCAAUGUUUGCCUUAUAGAAUCAGUAAGAUAAAACUGGGAGUAAUCCAUAGAUUUAUAUUUACAAUGUUUGCACCAAUUAUUAAACCAGUCUGGUGCAGUGGAUUGGUACCAAUUAUUAAACCAGUGCUAUUAUUGUAUUAAUUGAUAUUUUAAAUAAAUUGUAUUUACUAAAUAAUUUACAUGUAUAUUUGAACUUGUUAAUUAAAUUAUUCAUGAAAUUAAAUAAUAUAUUUUGUAAACCAUUACACUGACACUUAUAAAUAUUUUAUGAUAUAUACAACUGUUAUUAUAAUAUGAAUAUUGUUGCAUAUGGAUUUUUCAAAGUCUGUUUUUCUUCAUUUGUUUGAUAUUUUUAUACACUUGUGUUCCCUCCCUUGUGCACUAGUUAUCAAGUCAUAUAAUGAAACUAUACAAGAUUUGGUCCCAUUAUUCCAAGCAAAGAAUUUAUUAUUGUUUUUAUAUGUUCUUUUUCUGAAUUUAUUUUCUUCAUUUGUUGCAAUGAUAGACCUUGAUUCAAUACAGGAACUUUUUUUCUGUUUUAUAAAUCAGCAUUGAAAAAAUCAGCAUUUAAAAAACAAUAGCAAAAGCCUCGUCCAGCAAACCCUCAGAUUAAAGCAAGCAGCUUCAACAAGUAUAAAAUAGCAUUACUAGCAUAUAUCUAGCAUUAUUUUUUUCUUCAAACUCAGCCAAUGCUGUUUUAGGUUCAUGUUACUUCAGAAAAUUUAUAGUCACUGUUUUGAUUUUAAUCAAUGUUUUAAAUUUAAUAUAAUACCAGUCAUGUAAGUAUUUAAUAUUAAUAUACAGAAUUUACUUAAGCUGAAAAUCAUUCAUCAACGAUGUUGAAGCAUUUAUCAAUACAUCAACCUAGAAAGUCAGUCAGAUUCAAGAACAUCAGCAGUUGUGUAAUUUUGAAGUAUUAAAAAAAGCUUGAUGUACACGUAUUAUCAGAAUCUAGAACCAUAUUGAAAGAAUAUGGAAUAGGAAAACCUACAGGUAUAUGUUAUACUAUGUAAUACAAACAUUUGUAUUGGACUUAUAGAUUGUUUUGAUAAUGUUAUAUACAAGGUAUUUUCAAUUGUAUUUCAAGUAAUAUGACAGUGUUAUUCAAGUAGUAUGACAGUGUUAUUUAGAGUUUUAUAAUGGUGCUCUUGUGCAUUUGAAAUGCAGUAAUGAUUUUCAUUUUAAUUGUUCUUGAAAGGGGCUUUUGUUAUCAGUGUUGUUUGACUGUAUACAGCUCUUAUUGACUCUUUUUUUUUAUUAAUUAAAUAUUUUUCCAUUUCCCUUCAUGAAGAUCAAGUACAUUGUCACUGCUGUAGUCCUACAAGGAAAAUUGUGGAUUUCAAAAUAACAGGACUGCUUGUUAAAUAGUUAUGAUAUUAUAUUGAGCUUCCAAAUCAAAAAUAAUUAUUUUAAAAAAUGAAUAUUUUGAUUCCAUUAAUCAUUCUGUAUUAGUUCAGAUUAAUUUUAUUUUUUUCACAAAAAAAGUAGAUGUCUAAAUUACAAUUAUAACAAUCAUUGAGCUAAAUACAGUGUUAUAAAACUGAA